CAUUUCCUUCCAUUUUUGAAGACAUUUAUUUUCAAUGUUAGAGUGGCCAAUGGAGGGUCUGGACAAUAUAAUGGCUUAUCUGUGAUAUAAUAGACGAUAUUUAAUUUAAUUUAUUGACUGAACUAAACAAAGUAUGGACAGCGUUUGUGUACUUUACGGUUUCACGUUUUUAUUUUCCUUCAAUCAGAGGGGUGUUUUGUAUGAUUGACAGACAAUAUUUCAUCGUAGUGGUUUAUAGGAGGGUCCAAUUUAUUUUCCACUAACUACUCCCGGAAGAUAAACCUAAACAUUAGAAAAUGCGGUAGCCAUGUCGUAACCAACUUCCAAUGAAAACACAGUAUUAUUCAUGAUAUGGAUUUUACAGAUACAUUUUUUGGGUGACAAAUCCUCUGAUCCAGGCUCAUCUCACGCUUGACCAGAACCUGCCAGUGUCACAGUUAACGUUCCCCCUCCAGGCCACCCCUCACUUAAAUGAGAAUGUCUCUGGCCCAGAGAGUCCUCCUGUCAUGGACCUUCACCAUCAUAUUCCUCAUCAUGCUGGUCCUCAAACUGGACUCCAAGAUCCACUGGAACUGGUUCCUCAUCUUCCUCCCUGUAUGGACAUUUGACACCAUUCUCAUCCUUAUGCUGGUGGUGAAGAUGGCGGGUCGGUGCAAGCCCGGCUAUGACCCACGGGACGACCAGCAGAACCUGCGGCAGAGGGUUUUGUACCUGGUGGCAAUGCUGCUGAAACUGGGCUUCUGUCUGACGCUGUGCGCCCGGUUGGAGAGGCUGACGGACAUCUGGCUCAGUGUGGUGUGUGUCCCCCUCUGGGCCAUGCUGGUCGGGGCCAUGGUGGAGCUUGGCUACAAUGUCUUUCACUACCGGAGAGACUGAGAGGAUGGAGAGGGAGAAAGAUGGAGAUGGAUUUUAUUUACUCAGUCUAAAGACUGCAAGUGAGUCUGUAAGGGAGGUGAAUGGGAGAUUAUUGUAAUCCACUGCAGGAGAAACUGAACUGAAAAGGACUGUGAUGAAGAUAACAAAUGGAUUGGUUUAUUUUACUACAGCAGAGAUGGAAAGAAGGGGGGGGGGGAGAGAUUGCUCCCACUAGUACAGGAUGUAAAGACUACUACAAGAGAGACCGAGUGGAAGGAGAGAGUAGUGAAAUGGCACUAAUGACAAUGUAUUUGAGUUUAUAAUUCUCCCAAAUGUAAUCUUUAUUUCGCCAUAGUGAUGCAUCAAGCAAUGUUGCAGCCAUGAUGGUCUCUGCCAGGGGAACUGAAGUCAAGACUGGAACUAUUCCACGGUAACCGAGUGAUGCUGAGACUCAGAUCUUCGACUUUAAAAUGUAUGUCAAACAGAAAACAAUGAUUGCAUGCACAAGGACUACUUUUAAUAUUUUGCACAGAAAAUGUUACUGUAGAUAAUAGGCAGAAUCUACCGCAAACCCACAGCUGAUUUGUUAUUGCUCAGCUAUAAUUAAGAUCAUUUGCAUCUGACUGGAAGUGUGCAGAAACUUUUUCCUGUUUCUUCAGAAAAUGUUACGAAAAUACAUUUACUUGAAGAAAUGCAAAGUUUGGUAACUGAAUUACAUUUUGUGCUGUUUACUGUCAUUUUGUUAACUAACUUUUCAUUGUUUUUCAAAUAUAUGUGUGGGACUCAGUGGUAAUUGACUCAUUUGAUGCUCCAGUGGAUAAUUAUUCUGCCGUGUGAUAUUCGAGACGUGUUGGUUGAGAAUUCAGAGUAUUCGUAAGCAGACUCGAACCCUUGCUUUCUAGACAAACUGACUGGUCUGUGCAUGUGCCUGUGUUAUUCUCUGAUAACUGGGACAGUUAGUUCCAAUGGGUUUAUAUGUGAACAUUGGUAUUGAUUAUGUUUCUUUGAAGUGUGAUAGGGAUAUGUUUUCCCCUGGAGACCAUGAAGAAACACACAUCAUAAAAUGUCUUCGCUUUGCUGAAGUUUUCUAAUAUCUGCCUGGGUUGGAUUGAUGAAAGCAGAAUGACUGAUUAUACAACAGGAUGUCCCUGCUUUCAUUUAUCCAAUCACAUGCAGAUCAGUGACUACCUCAAAGAAAGGAGAAGGUGUACAUUUUCUAUGGUUUGGAACAUGGCUCUGAUAUGAAGUGAAUUACAUAACUGGUAACCUGACCCAAUCCAGAGAGUAUGGAGGGAGGAAUUGCCUGGCCUCCGUUGUGUUGUGUAAGAGGUUACUGGUGACUCAGGGACAGGACUUGUACUGUUACUGGGUGUACUGUUACUGGAUCGUUCCACAAAAUGAGUGCCUUUUGCGUUCCUUUGAUAUUUUAAGUAGACAUUUUAAAAGCCUGAAAUGUUAAAAGCCUGUUAUAUUCAAUGAAGUUCCCUUUAAUAUAGACCACAUGGAGAAUUCAAUAAAUCAGAUUUUUUAUUUGAAUAAAGAGUUGCUAAAGUGCCAAAAUUCA